AGCACGAGAGAGACAAACCUUGCUCGAACUUUUCUAACUCUCUCACUUGUUACGUUUGUUUCUGAGGCUCAGCAUCUGUGUGGAAAGCAUGUCGACCACCGCACCCUUCACAGAAAGCUAGGUGUCACAUCAUGGUAAAGUAGACCUGCAGUGGAUCCAGGAGACUAUAUGCAGCAGAUUUUUCUGAAUGAAUGUGUUCCACACUGAAGCAGGAGCUGCUGUAGAGUUGGACAGUGUGAUUGGGGAGCUGCUGGAGGAGUUUGAGGCCGUGGUGCAGGAAAUGAGCGCGCCGUCGGGGAGCGCGCGCGCCGCCUGCGAGCCCGCGCUGAGAGAAGAGAAGCGGCGACCUGCCUUCAGCGACGGAGUGACAGACAGCGGCAUCGAGGACACGGACGACACUAGCGAACCAUCUCAGGCGAGCAGCUUGAAUGCGAGUGUAGAAGAGCUCAACACCGCAGGCGUGAUGACUUCACGGAAAGCCAAACUCAGGGACACCUCUGACCUAGAGAGCUUUAUUGAGAACCUGGACAAAGAGAUUGCAGAGAUGUGAACAGACAGGACUCAUGUAACUACAGGACAGGAGCCAAGACUAUCAGCACGUACCAGCAAGAACAGACAGAGAACUGGCAUCCAUGAACAAACAAAAUCCCCUUCUUGGACAGGAGAUUCAGGUUGUAGUACACCAAAAAAAUGACAGACAACAAAUUACAACUAAGACAAGUUAGCAUGAGCAAUCUUUAAACUUGUUAAAAGGCAUCUGUUAGUUUAUAUUUGUUAAUACAAAUGUUGGUUUUUUUUUUGUGUGAAAUAUAUAUUAAUAGUCCGCAAUCUCAUUGAAUAUGAACUAAGACAAUACCUCAAUCAGUAAUAAGGCUGGAUUAUGAAGUUCUUUUAGUCUUUGCUUAGAAAAUUUGCUAUGGUUGCUAUAUUCUGGCUAAAUUCAUUUGUAAUGAUGCUGGCUCAAUAUCUCUUAAACUAUAACCCUCUUUCAAGUCAAUCCUCAAAUCAAAUCCUCAAAGUUUUUUGACUUAUGGCCUAAAAACUCAAUAUUCAGGAAUUCUAAUUAUAUUCUUACUGUUAAAUUAUUUUCUGAAUGCAUAAAUGGCAUGGCAGCUAAUUGUAGUAGCUAACAUUUUACAUUGUGUUUACUGUAUAAAUAUUCAUGUUAUUGCACAUAGUAUCUGUACUUUGACUGAUAUUGAGUGAGAUUUUUUUCUUAAGGGAAAGGAAACUUUUGUAAAAUUAAAAAAUAUUUAUAUUAUGAGAGAAAUUUUAUGUUUAAACUUUUUUAUUUUUCUGUUACUGGUGAGAUGAAAAGCAUUUGUAGUUGCUUUCCAGUUCAGCAAAUUACCUGGAAUUAACAUGUAUGUGAAUUGUAUCACUUUUUUGUGUUCAUUUCUCAGUAUCUCAGCAUGUCAGUCUAUUAAAAACUCUGGUUUGCCUUUGGGUAAACGUAGCUGCAAACAAGGAAAUUGUGGUUUUGU